AUGGCAUCCGCUCUUUCCCCCGACGCUCUUUCCAACAGCCCCCAGGCUGCAGGGGUCACCUAUAACCUAUCCUUCUCCGUCGACGAUGAGGACGAGGUCGCUCCUUUGCCCACACGGGGAAGGAGAUAUACUUUGUCCAUCACUGUCGAUCCGAAGGAUGCACCUAGUUUCGAUGAAAAGGUUCCUCCACUGCCCACGGUGGUCGAAGGGAAUGGUCAUACCGACAACUUGAAGCAACUCGGUCUCGGAAUCGACGCGAAAGAUGAGGAUGUCCAAGCCCUCGUCAAAGGCAUGGUCGCCCUUCUCGCCAACGCCGCAUCCAAGGAAGGAGCCAUCAAGACGACCCGGUCUCGUCCUCUUACGACGCUGUCGACCUCUUCCUCUCGCCCGACCCUCAUAGAGAACGAUUCAUCUUCCGUCUCCUCGGAAUAUAUCGAAAUUAUCCACCGACCUGCCCCUGUCAUCACUUCGCCGCGAGAACGCACUGAGUUCCUGCUCAGCUUGCCAUCCGCUAGCGGUACGCCCAGCACCGCGCCUGGGACGCCUCUCGAUGGGAAUUUUGCCCAGCUGCAACCCCUCCUCCCGCAAGGCGACCACACCCCGUCGCCGCUCUCUUCCAUUCGAGCCGAAGGACCUGUCACUAGGGAUUUAAUCGUCCCAGUUCGGCCGCUCGCGGCCUACGACCCGAGACGCCGACAGCCUACCCAGAACAGUGACUCUUCCCAGUCAUCAUCCAUCGACCUUGAGGACGCCCCAGCGGUUGCCACUGUCACCGUCGAAACCCCCGCAUCCUCGACCGCUGAUGAAAAAUCUGCUGAGUCGUCUAGGCGCUGGUGGCAGGUCUCCUCGGGUCGCAAGAAGGCGGCUAUUGACAAGCCUAUCGUCGCCACCGUUGCGGCUGAUAAUUCGACAAUCAUCCUGCCUUCUCCGCCCACCGACUUCGAGAAGACACUGUAUGCACAGACUCGUCGUGUUCCGUUGUACGUGUUCGGCACGCUCUCCUUCCUGAGUGUGUCUGUCGGAAUGUGGUUCUUCGCCAUCUCGUCCACUAUGUUUUACUGGUUCGGCGUCUUUGUGGGCCUCAUCCAGAUCUACUUGAUCAUUUCCUACAUGGUUGGCUAUUGCGGCAAGGACUUCAACGUCGAGGCCCACGAAAAGUUAGUUGCCGACCAUUCGUAUUCCUCCGACAAGUUGCCUCUCGUCGACAUCUACCUACCUUGCUGCCACGAGCCCCUUGAAAUCCUCGAGAACACCUACAAAUACGUUAGCCAGCUCCAGUACCCCAAUUUCAAAGUCUACGUCCUCGACGACGGCGGGCUCGAUACCGUCAAGGCGCUCGCCGAGAGCUUCGGGUUCAACUACAUCACGCGCGACAACAAGCCGCACCUCAAGAAAGCCGGAAACCUGCGGUACGCUUUCGCGCGCACGGAGGGCGACUUCUUCGCCAUCUUCGAUGCCGACUUCUGCCCGCGCACGGACUUCCUCGACGAGAUGCUGCCGUACAUGAACGCGUACCCGGACAUCGCGAUUGUACAGUCGCCGCAGUUCUUCCGUCCGACCAAGGAGCAAACAUGGACGGAGCAAGGCGCAAGCGCCACACAGGAGCUGUUUUACCGAAUCGUCCAGGUCAACCGUGAUAGAUGGGGCGCGUCGAUUUGUGUGGGCAGCAACGCGCUAUACCGCCGCGCCGCUCUCGCCGAUGUCGGUGGCACUGCGGAAAUCGGGCACUCCGAAGACGUACACACCGGCUUCUACGCGCUGACGAGGGGGUGGAAGCUCAAAUACAUUCCACUAGCGCUGGCUUGCGGCGUUUCGCCCGACACGCCUCGUGCGUUCUUCUCGCAGCAAAUGCGCUGGUGCGCCGGCUCGACGACGUUACUCACCAACCCCGAUUUCUGGAAGUCCGACCUCACCGUCAUCCAGAAGAUUUGCUACAUGAGCGGCAUGAUGUACUACACCGCUGCUGCGUUCAUGGCUUUCCUCGCCUCCCUCCCUGGUUUGAUGAUGCUCUGGGCCAACCCGGGGAUGGUGAUGUGGUUCAACUUCGCGUACGCCUUCCCGUCCCUCAUUUAUUCCAUCUUCGUCUUUCGCCUCUGGUCUCGCCAACAGUACAAUUUCAACGUCAACUUCGUGUUUACGAUCCAGCAAUAUGCGUACCUCAUGGCCAUCAAGGAUAGGGUAUUUGGCACGACAGCCAGCUGGGUGCCGUCAGGCGACAACAAGGCUCAUGUCAAGAAUAAGAAGAAGCGUGGCGGCAACAACAAAUAUCGCAAUAUGCGGAUACUCUGUGCUGUUUGGAUGGGUGGUUCUGCUGUUGCUCUGACCGUCGGCGUUACGUUGCGCAUCAUUGAAGGUUAUGCCUGGUAUAACUUCCUCCCCCUUAUCCUCUUGGACGCCUUCAACCUGUUCAUCACUCAUAAGUUCAUUUUUUAUACCAAGUAG